GUCUAUUUAUAUGGGGGAAGUCUCCGACCCCACCGCUAGUUGAAGAAAGAAAAGGGCUUACUACCUUGUCGUAUCUUCUACCUUAAGAAUAAAAAUGAGGGAAAUCGUGCAUCUUCAAGCCGGACAAUGCGGUAACCAGAUCGGAGCCAAGUUCUGGGAGGUUAUCAGUGAUGAGCAUGGUAUUGAUCCCACCGGCACAUACCACGGUGACAGCGACCUCCAGCUCGACAGAAUCAAUGUCUAUUACAACGAGGCAUCAGGAGGCAAAUAUGUGCCCCGUGCCGUGUUGGUGGAUUUGGAGCCUGGUACCAUGGACUCCGUGCGAUCUGGACCAUUCGGUCAGGUUUUCAGGCCAGACAACUUUGUUUUUGGUCAGAGUGGUGCUGGAAACAAUUGGGCUAAAGGCCACUACACUGAGGGAGCGGAGCUGGUAGACUCCGUCCUGGAUGUGGUUCGUAAAGAGGCCGAGAGCUGCGAUUGCCUGCAGGGCUUCCAGCUCACCCACUCUCUCGGUGGAGGCACCGGCUCUGGCAUGGGCACCCUCCUCAUCAGCAAGAUUCGUGAAGAGUAUCCCGACCGCAUCAUGAACACCUUCAGCGUGGUGCCCUCGCCCAAAGUGUCUGACACUGUAGUAGAGCCAUACAAUGCCACGCUGUCGGUCCACCAGCUGGUCGAAAAUACAGACGAGACCUACUGUAUUGACAAUGAAGCUCUGUACGACAUUUGCUUCCGCACCCUCAAACUCACCACACCGUCAUACGGUGACCUCAACCAUCUCGUCUCUGCCACCAUGAGCGGAGUCACCACCUGCCUCAGGUUCCCCGGCCAGCUCAACGCAGAUCUGCGCAAGCUGGCUGUAAACAUGGUGCCGUUCCCUCGUCUCCACUUCUUCAUGCCUGGCUUCGCUCCUCUCACCAGCAGGGGGAGCCAGCAGUACCGCUCCCUAACCGUACCGGAGCUCACGCAGCAGAUGUUUGACGCCAAGAACAUGAUGGCCGCGUGCGACCCACGUCACGGCCGCUACCUCACCGUCGCCGCCAUCUUCCGCGGCCGCAUGUCCAUGAAGGAGGUGGACGAGCAGAUGCUCAACGUUCAGAACAAGAACAGCAGCUACUUCGUCGAAUGGAUCCCCAACAACGUCAAGACCGCCGUCUGUGACAUCCCGCCCCGUGGGCUCAAGAUGGCCGCCACCUUCAUCGGCAACAGCACAGCCAUCCAGGAGCUGUUCAAGAGGAUCUCCGAGCAGUUCACAGCCAUGUUCAGGCGCAAGGCUUUCCUGCAUUGGUACACCGGAGAAGGUAUGGAUGAGAUGGAGUUCACCGAGGCCGAGAGCAACAUGAACGACCUGGUGUCCGAAUACCAGCAGUACCAGGACGCCACCGCAGAGGAAGAGGGCGAGUUUGAGGAGGAGGGAGAGGAAGAGCUGGCUUAAGUCUCUUCAUAUAUAAGUGUUGUUUUCCAGGCUGUAUCAUUUUGCUCAUGUACAAGGAAAAAAAUAUCCAAAGCUCAGUUUUCUUUUUCUAUUCUUGCCUCUUGUUUGUACAGAUGUCAUUAAAACCUUCUUCUGUUAAAA